UACAGAUUCGAAAAUGAGUUUGGUAACACAUAGCAGUACAAUCAAACUAGCCGGUAAUCUGGCUAGGUCUUCCAUUGUUUUCACACAAAAUAUGUCGAACAGAAGUCAGAUUUUUAAUCCCUUCAGUAAUAAUGAUUCACCAUCAUCAGGGUUAGUGCAGACUCAGAGGGAAAUGUCAUCAGGGGGUAAGGAGACUUGGUUGCAGAAGUUCUUCACUGUGGAUACGACCAAGACAGCUCACAGUGACGUAGUCGGCAGUCCAAACUUGUACCGACUGGUGUACUUGAGCACGAUUCCGGAACGAAAUGAGGAUUUUGUGAAGCUGAGCACAAAGAUGUUGAGUAAAUUCACGGAGGACAGAGACGACUACCGACUGGUGGGGGCCUGGCAGACAAGGAUUGGACACGGCGAAGAGAUUGUGCAUCUGUGGCAGUACAAGAACGGAUACCAAAGCAUGGACGAUGAGACAGGCGACGAUUUCUAUCCCGACGACAAGGAUUUUAUUGAAUGGAAGCAUAAGACGAGGUCAAUGAUUAAGAGUACUCACUCCCAAAUCUGCAUGGAGUUCGGGUACUUCGACGAGCCUCGUGAGAGAAGCGACAAGCACAUAUAUGAAUUGCGGUCGUACAAACUCAAGCCAGGAUCCAUGAUCGAAUGGGCGAACCACUGGGCCAAAGGAAUUGAGUACCGAAAAUCAGAUAACCAGAAUGUAGCUGGUAUGUUCACUCAUAUUGGAGAGUUGAACAUGGUCCACCAUAUAUGGGCAUACAAGAGUUUCCAGGACCGAAACAGGAUCCGAAGGAACUCCUGGGCGAACUCGGGAUGGUCGGAGACUGUUGCCAAAACGGUCCCCCUAAUCAAGAACAUCAAAAGUCGAGUGAUGACUUCACUGCCUUAUUCAUGGUUAAAAUGAGUUCCAAAACUAUUAGCUCAAAUGUUUUUUAUUAGUUUAUUCAGAUAUGAUGAGAAGUUAAAACUCGUACAAAUAACUUGCCGUAGCCAAUAAUUAGCUGAGCUACCUUAUGACAGUGCUGUAUUUUUGGUUUCGUAAAUUUACAAAGAUGUAUCUUAUGGUUUGGUUUGAUUCAAAAUGUUUUGAAGCUCUUUCUAUUAUGUUGUCAUCAUGUUAACGAUUACACGGAUUUAUAAACUAGUCGACAAAAUUACGCAUUGAAAAUUAAACAAAUAUUAAGUUAUGAUGAGUUGCAUAAGCUAGAUACAAUGUCGUUCCUGA